GGUAGGUUAGCCGAAGACACAGCGGUAAAAAGCCUCUAAUUUCACACUGCAACCAAAUACCGGGAGAAAGUAACGGAAGCGCCGCGUGCGUCACAGUCACGUGGGGGAAGUGCUGACUACCAGAGCGCUCACUUCAUAUCUUUCAACAAACUGCCUGUCAAUUAGUCGGCCGGAUCUUUACUCUGUUCGGCACGUGAGGACCGAGAGGCAGCGAAGGAGCUGUGAUAGAUCAGGGAACCACCUGGUGGGUUUCACACCUCAAUUCUCCCAAACGGCGCAACUUUUAAGUGCCGCAUUGAAGCGACUCAAAUACCAGUUCCCCUGCAGUUUCCUGAUAGAUUGUGAGUCUUCUUCCUGCUUUGAGAAUAACAGGAAUUCCUUGGGGAUUUUUGUCGACACCUGCUAGAUUGAACUAACUGUCACUGCGAGCUCACGAUUAGACGGCAUAAAUCCACCCGGACAGCCACACACUCCUGUGAUCAACGGGCCGCAGAGUGACGAGCUAACGGAGCUAAGAGCUAAGAUUGACACCUUGAACAGCCGGGGCUUCAGAUAGAUGGCAGACAAGCAGAUCAGUUUGCCCGCCAAAUUGCUCAAUGGGGGGAUCGCUGGCCUGAUUGGAGUGACCUGUGUGUUUCCCAUCGAUCUGGCCAAGACUCGCUUGCAAAACCAGCAAAAUGGAUCUCGCCUUUACACCAGCCUGUCAGAUUGCCUUAUUAAGACCAUCCGGUCGGAGGGCUAUUUUGGGAUGUACCGAGGAGCGGCGGUGAACUUAACACUAGUCACGCCAGAGAAAGCCAUCAAAUUGGCUGCCAACGACUUCUUCAGGCAACACCUCUCCAAGGAUGGAAAACUCACUCUGCUCAAAGAGAUGCUGGCCGGGUGCGGGGCAGGUACAUGCCAGGUUAUUGUAACAACUCCUAUGGAGAUGCUGAAAAUCCAGCUCCAAGAUGCUGGACGAAUCGCGGCUCAGAGGAAGCUGAUGCCUGAGACGGUGGCAGCAGGUUCUGUGGAGCCCAAGUCUCCAACAGCCAUGCAGCUCACCAGGGAACUAUUUAGGGAAAAGGGUAUCGCUGGGUUGUACAAGGGCCUCGGGGCCACCUUGCUCAGGGAUGUUCCUUUCUCCGUCAUCUAUUUCCCCCUUUUUGCCAACCUGAACAACCUGGGCAAAAGGGGCGCAGAGGGGCCCGCUCCCUUCUACGUGUCCUUUGUGUCCGGCUGCCUUGCCGGCAGCACCGCGGCUGUUGCCGUCAACCCCGUUGAUGUGAUAAAGACCAGGCUGCAGUCGCUGAACCGAGGCAGCGCAGAAGACACGUACAGUGGAGUGACUGACUGUAUCAGGAAAAUCCUGCAGAAUGAGGGACCCUCCGCCUUCCUGAAGGGAGCCUACUGUCGAGCUCUGGUCAUUGCACCUCUGUUUGGGAUCGCCCAGGUGGUCUACUUCUUGGGCGUGGGCGAAUAUAUUCUCAGCUUCUUGACUAAAAAAGAGCACUAGGAAGCCCGUCCUUUCUGCCUUUCCCCUCCCACAAUGCAUCCCGCCAACUGCACUCACCUCAUUCUGAAAGAAAUUUUCAAUGGGUCUAAGCGUGAGUGGUCAGUACAUGUUGUUUUGAAUUUAUUGUGUUGAAUGUUGAAGUACUUUAGGAGGGGGCCUUUGUUUGCCAAGCUGCCUAUGGUGGCACACACAACAAUCCAGUAGGCGUGCUGAGCUAGCUCUCUGGAAAUUGGAAGCCACGGAUAUCAGUUUUAAGUUUUAAUUUCCACAUUUUAUGGCAUUUUCUCUAAAUGAUUGUCAAAUUUCCAAAGUACAUGUACUGCCCUUGGUUGCUGUGGUUCUCUCAGGUCCACGCAACCUCAUUUUAAAUCACAUUAGUAGCUGAAUAACAGAGAAGACCAUAGUGAUCUAUUGAAAAUGAUACAUCAUAGAUUAAAUGCACAUACUUUAAAACAUAGGAAUAUAGUACUUUCUAAAAGAAUGCUAUUCAAAGAAUUGCCCCAGACCGUUUGUCUUAUAAAUAUAGUAUAUUUAGAGUUAGAGCAGAACAUAGAGUAUGCCUCGUGUUCAGACAAAGACCCAGGGACAUGCAGCCUUUGAUUGCCUUGGCUUUUUAGACUGGAUCAGGUUCCAUUUGAUAUUUACUGCCACCACAAUGGUUUGACUGUCUUGCCUCAGUGAAAAAGAUAUCUCCUGUUUCACAUUCACAAGCUGAACUUAAGGGACAGUGUUCAAAACCCGGGCAGUACGCACCCCUCCCCAACCACAGGCACGCGCUGCUCAAAGCAGCCUCUGUGCUCCUUUCCACGGGUUGGAGCUGUCAUGCAUGUCCACCAAUUACAGACGUCAGGGCAGGAGUUGGAGAGACGAUGGAAAACACCUGCGGUGACGUUUGAUUCGUUGUGGGCUCAGAUGAAAGCUUCAGCUUGGAGACCUACCUGUGUCCAGGUAGUCAUUUUAAUACGGUUAGGGUUAUUAGAUUUUAAAGAUGGACAGACAGACGUUCCAUGAGCACAGUCAUCCAUUGUGGAGCCAGUAAGACCUUCGAUGAAGGAGUUCAAACCACUUUCGAUCCAGACAUAAUUAUUAUUGUUUACAGAUGAGGUCACUCUCAAUUUAGAUUAUUUUGUCCGAUUCGUUGGCAGGACCCAAAGAGCUAAUGGUACAUUUUUCUUUAUCCGAAAAUCAAGGCAAUGUGUUUUCUGCGCUCUAUGAUUUUACCAAACAUUUGCUUUAGAGGUUUUGUUUGCUUUAAGCUGCAAAGGGAAAGCAGCCUCGUCGUAUCUUGUUUAUGCAUCACAACACUGAAGCCCCGCCAUUGGUUUAUCUCGCCGGAGAUCAAGGUGACUUUGAUACGUAUUAUCCAAUCACAUUCCUUCCUCGCUCCCACUGUUCAAGCAGCUCCUCAAUUAUACCGCUGCACCGUAGAUACGCGAUGCAACUUUUCAAUGUCUUAUUGUUUGUGGGAGUGAGAUCUCUUUAUCAGAUAUCCUUUCUAUAGGCAGUAUAGCACUAUAUAUUUGUAUGUGAUGUUUUUUCUGUGUCAAAGUGUCCACCUUAACUUUAUUGUAAAUAUGCAGAUAAAAUGAACCAUAUGUUUUAGGAUUUAUUCUUUUGGUUUGUACAUGAUGGCUUAUUUGCACACCUACCUCUCCAGCCCCCCCCUGCCCCCACGCCCUCAAAUCCAUAAUAUGGUGAUUUUAUGUUCUGAUGAUUUGGACAUAUCAAAUGAGGGAACAUGUUUUACUGCAGCAAACAUCAUUUGAACCUGCAGCAUGUUGAUGAGGUUUUUUGGAGGUUCCAUUGCUCCUGAGCUGUUGGUUAAGUUGGUCUACCUAUUGUCCAGUUUCUUACAGUUUUAUCACCCGGGACCAAACGGAACAGCAUUUUAAUGAUGCUAGAAAGGUUAGGAGGCUUUAGGGGGAUGGCCUCUGGGACAACUGAAACUGUUCCGCGAGUGCAAUAUCAUCAUAAAUUACAGCCUGAACGAGGCUUUAAGGAACCUGCUGACGUCAGACUGUAAACGGUAACGUCGCUGCCCGGUGCUUCUUUCAUAAGGUGACUGCAAUGUGACAUUGGUGGCACCAACCGCCAAGGCUGUGCCGGCUGAAUCACAUGCCAGCUAGAGAAUCUCAACGUCUUAACGGAAAGCCAUAGGUGAGGGAGGCACAUUAGAGCCGCGGGACGUGGACCGGCCCCUCCAGCCGGUGGGCCAACAGAAGAAAAAAAAGACCCAUCCAGUGUAAACUCGUCAAUACUGUUGUCGUUUCUUCCACAUUCCGAUGGCCAGUUCAUCUCACGUAUUGCUGUUUUAUUGUAAUAAUGCGACUUUGUUAUGAUUUGGAGAACCCCCCCCCGUCCCACCAGCCCCUCCCGUGUUGUUUUCAGAUGCUUUAUUUCCUGUAUCUUUGGUUGAAUCUGGAAAAUGUUGUGCAAAGUCAUUUUGUUUAACUCAGCUGUGAAUCUUCACUGACCUUGUGCAUUUGGUGGUAUAUGUGCGUGUGUCGAAUUGUGUAGUUCCGUAGUGAUGCGUAGUUGUUAGUGUGAACACGGCGGUAUUUCUCUCUUUGAUUGUCUGACCCGUGUUCUGUCCCCUCCUUCGCUUCUAUCUUUCACACUCCUCUGCCAUCUACCCCCCCCCCCCCUCUCCCCCUCCCCCCAGCAUGCUGGGGCUGCAGGUUAACACAGAGGAGCUCUGAAACACCAAAUGUAUGACUUUGAGUGUGUACAAUCAAAGAAAGCACAAAGGAUUAGUAGGCACAAGAGACGCGUGGCCCUCUUUGGAUACACUCUUGUUGGAACGUACUCUUAUCUCUUGGUGUAUUCAAGUUGAGGUGUCAAUUGCAAUGAGCUUUUUAGGCUUUGUAGGAAAGUUUAUCGAUGUCUGUAAAACUUGAUCCAUAGGGCUGCGACGACAGGUCACUGACCCAUGUGAUGGUGUCCACAAUGUCAUCCAUCAGCAGUUAUCCACAAAAUGUAUAUCGCCUACAUAUUCUAAAUGAAUCAGAUAUAAGAAUGUAUCUUAGAUAUUAUGAGAUGUAUUAUAAUUACAGUGAAGAGUUUAUUACAUUUUAAUCUAAAGAUCUGUGCUUUACACAUUCUCUGAAACGGUUCAAGAACCAGCUCACUGAUAUGCAAUAAGUAUAAACCACACAAAGACGCACACUAGGAAGAAAAAAAAAAACGGUGAACACAGAAAAAAAAUAUCUUCUACAAUGUAUGAUGCAAGUGGGGAAAUUGGAGGCCUUCUGGGGUCUCUCCACGGCCUCCGUUGUCUUCCUCCAAGAGGAAUCGUGCAAAACGGCACUUUAAAAUAGGGACCCUCGCCCAACUGUCCAUCUGCAAAGUCUCUGUGUGGCCAAGGGGGUGUUUAUUGAAAUGUGUGGUGAAUGACACGGUUGUUCUAGACAUUGUUGACAAUGCAAUUGGAAAAAAAGAAAAAGAAAAAAACCCCAGUGUUCCCUUUUCACAAUUUGCUGUUCAAUAAACUGACUGUCCUGAAAA